GUUACGAGCCAACAUGCUAAAUCCUCCUAGAUUCUGCUUGACAAGAAAUACGGGCGCGCUGUAGACUGGUGGGCAUUUGGUGUCCUCAUCUACCAAAUGCUUCUCCAGCAAUCACCGUUCCGCGGUGAGGAUGAAGACGAAAUCUACGACGCCAUUCUCGCCGAUGAGCCCCUAUACCCGAUCCACAUGCCCCGUGACUCGGUGUCGAUUCUCCAGAAGCUGCUCACCCGCGAGCCUGAACUUCGACUGGGCUCUGGCCCAACGGACGCGCAAGAGAUCAUGAGCCACGCUUUCUUCCGCAACAUCAACUGGGACGACAUCUACCACAAGCGCAUCGGGACGCCCUUCCAGCCGCAAAUCACCAAUCCGACGGACACCAGCAACUUCGACUCCGAGUUCACUAGCGUCACGCCCGUGCUGACCCCUGUACAAUCUGGUACGUUUCUCUCUUUCCUGCUCUCUCUCUCUCUUUCCCCUUAUCCGUCUUUGCUUGCUUAACUAAUUUCACCCAUUUUGCAGUACUCUCUCAAGCGAUGCAAGAAGAAUUCCGCGGCUUCUCCUACUCGGCCGACUUUGCAUGAAGCGUGCUUUGAACAGAUUCCUUUGUUCGUUUGUUCAGAGGCGGUUUGGCGCGCGCCUGU